AUGGGUUCCUCGACGGCGCAGCAGAAGCCGCACGUCGUGCUGGUGCCGUUCCCGGCGCACGGCCACGUCGCGCCGCACGUGCAGCUCGCGCGCGCCCUCCACGCCCGCGGCGUCCACGCCACGCUCGUCCACACCGAGCUGCACCACCGCCGCCUGCUGCAGGCCGCCAAGGCCGCCGCCGACGAUGCUGCCACGGCGGCGCCGGCGGACGAGGCCUUCGCCGUCGAGGCCCGGCGUGCCGCCGGUCACCUGCGUCGUGGCCGACACCCCGAUGCCGUUCGCGGCCGUGGCGGCGCGCGAGGUCGGCGUCCCGGACGUGCAGUUCUUCACGGCGUCCGCGGCCGGCUCAUGGGCUACCUCCAGUUCCAGGAGCUCGUGGCGAGGGAGAUCGUCCCGCUUAGCCCCGCCUACGAGACCGACGGCUCCCUCGACGCGCCGCUGGACUGGGUGCCCGGGAUGAAGGGCGCCCUGCGGCUCAGGGACAUGCCCACGUUCUGCCGCACCACGGACGCCGACGACUGGCUGCUGCACUUCCACGUCCACCAGAUGAAGAUCGCCGCCGCCUCCAAGGCGGUCAUCCUCAACACUGUCGACGACAUGGAGAAAGACGUCCUCGACGCGCUCGCGCCGCUCCUGCCGCCCAUCUACACCGUCGGCCCGCUCGCGAGCGUCGUCGUAGCCUUAGCAUCCACGGCGGCGGCGGCCACGACGACGUCCACGAUGGGCGUGUUGCAGGAGGACAAGGAGUGCAUGGCGUGGCUCGACGGCAAGGCGGCGCGCUCCGUCGUGUACUUCAGCGUCGGCAGCCACGCCAGCAUGGGCGACGCGCAGCUGAAGGAGAUCGCGUCCGGUCUGGCGCGGUGCGGCUCUCCCUACCUCUGGGUCCUGAGGCCAGAAAUGGCCGCCGAGGUCGAGGUCGGCGAGGACGGCCUGGUCGUGCCGUGGUGCCCGCAAGAGGCGGUGCUCAACCACCCGGCCGUGGGGCUGUUCGUCACGCACUGCGGGUGGAACUCCAUUCUAGAGAGCGUCGUCGCCGGCGUGCCGGUGCUCGGAUGCCCCGUGCUAUCUGAGCAGACGACCAACUGCCGCCAGGUGUGCAUGGCGUGGGGCAUCGGCGGCGAGCUGCCGCAGGGAGCGGGGAGCGACGAGAUAGCGGGGCUCGUGAGGGAGAUGAUGACCGGGAGGAAGGGGAAGGACGCGAGGGAGAAGACGCUGCUGUGGAAGAGGCUGGCACAACUCAGUGCACAACAAGGCGGCUCAUCUUACGAUAACAUUGGUCGAUUGGUGGAGAACAUCCUACUCAAGGAGAUCUGA